GGGGCCCGAUUGCGGGACCUGGAGCUGUCUCCAACUUUUUCGACGCCGGGGGACGGGACGGACCAACCGAUUGCCCAAACAACAAAACCGACGACUCAUCCCGUCCAACGACCCUUCACAACAUCUAUUUACACUUCACCGACCCUUCCCAACAACGCGCACCGUUGUCCAAGGUUCAUAAUUCCCCUUCACUCAGCUCUUUGUACGAGGCCGUUCUUCCAUCUGUUGGCCCCAUCGACAUUCACCAACCUUUCUCUGUUUACCCGAUAGCCUUCACCUUCCUUCACUGCCCUCGACGACUCUUGGCGCGAGUCCCAAAUAAUUCCUUGUCCUAGAUAUAAAAGUCCCCCCUUCCCACCACUAUCUCUGCACUUUCCACUUCCUCCAAACUCAACCCGGAUCAAGACUUCCUUUUCGAAAGCAAGUCUCGACAACAAAUCCGCCUUCCACCCGACACUCCUACCGAUAUCAUUUAGUAUUUUAGACGUUGCCUCAACCGCCACAAUGUCACCCCGCACCGAUUUCCCUCCCGUCCGGGCCUGCCUGUUUGACAUGGACGGCCUUCUCCUCGACACCGAGGACAUCUAUACCCUCUGUGUGAAUGAGCUUCUGCGAAAACACAAGAAGGAGAAGUUUCCCUUGCCAUGGAGCAUCAAGGCUCAGCUCCAAGGUCGCCCGGGUCCUGCGGCCCUUGACAUCUUCCAUAACUGGGCUGAUUUGCCCAUCACCCGUGAGCAGUACAAGGAGGAAUACUACGCUCUUCAAGCUCAGAAAUUCAAGCAUACCACGGCUCUCCCCGGUGUCGAGGAGCUUCUGCAGAAGCUUGGCAGUACCCGCUACUGGGAUCUCAAGGGGGAUGCGUCUGCUACUACCAAUGGCGCCACCGACAAGCCCGCCCCGAAGCCUCAUCGGGUUCACAUCGCCCUCGCCACAUCAUCCCACGAGGCGAACUUUCGCAUGAAGACAAACCACAUCCAGGAGCUCUUUUCGGUUUUCGAGACCCACCGUCGCGUUCUCGGCGACGACAAGCGCAUCCCCGAGGGCCGUGGCAAACCCCUUCCGGACAUCUACCUGAUCGCCCUUAAGACGAUCAACGACUCACUACCCGAGGGCGAGAAGCCCAUCACACCCGAGGAAUGCCUCGUCUUUGAAGACAGUAUUCCCGGUGUUGAGGCUGGUCGUCGCGCCGGCAUGCGCGUUGUCUGGUGCCCCCACCCAAUGCUCAAGAAGGAGGUGGACAAGAAUGGCGACGCCAAGCUGGUUCUCGCGGGUCUUCUUAACCAAGCUGACAUUGAGAAGAAGAAGGCUCAAGCCGGCCUCACCAACGGCAAAGUCGAUGCAGACGACAAGCCGGGCGAGAUCGACGAUGGCUGGGCGGACUACCUCCCCAGCUUGCUCGACUUUCCCUACGAGCGAUACGGAAUUCAGAUUCCCGACGCUGUGGUCGACAAAGAGCCCUCGAUGGUGGAAACUGCCAAGAUCGACGAGGGAGAGGUCCUUCAGGCGGUUCAGACUGAGGUCACCGAUAACUGAGCAUACCACUUCAUGCUCACUCACAAACCCAACUUCCUUACAUUACUUCGCAAGUUAAUUUCUUUGUCUGGGUUCUCACAAUUUCACUUAUCGGAUUUUUUUUUCCUGCUGGCAGGCAGCAUAGCGAGUCACCAAACAACUGGCUUAGGCGAAUGGAGUUUGGGGUUGGGAGGCUACGACCACAAAAUUGAGAAUGAUUCGGCAGGGACCUUAUGGCAUGGCCUGAGGUAUAGAAGGAAUGAUAAGUAGGGACAUAGGAGGAUCACGUAAUUAGCAUCUGACGCAAUUGCUUCCACCAAAAGAUUCGUUAGAGCUUCGUAGAUACCCCUUAGAUUUAUUCAUGCGCAUUACAACAACUGAAUAAGAACUGUCGUC